AUCGCCAUGAAGUUCUGCGAGAACAAUAUUCAGGACAUAAAAGCAAGCCGUCUUCCUACCGUCCUUGUCGAACUUAUUUGAUCCCAUAUAAUAUCCUUACAAACAAUGUGUUUCUCCUUCGUCCUCGCCGUCGUUGCUGCUUUGACAGCGUCAAUAUUUGCCGUCUUUCUUCAUAUUUUUCUUGUCUGCUACAUAGAAUACAGUCCUAAAUAUUUGCUUCCUUCGUACGUACUAAUCAAUCGCUUCCUCAGUCACGUUCGUCGUCUCUCCUUGCUCGUCAUUUUGGUAUACUCGGUCCACUUCUUUCGAAACUCUUUGCUUGUAGUGUCGAGGCCCAUGGAGGAGAACGCGGUCCAGAACGCCAGUCCCAGUACAUAUUUGCAGCAAAGGGGCGCCGCAAUCGCGGGCGCUGCAAAGUUACUACUAGUACUAGAUCAUCGUGUUCGACGUCCGCGGGCGCGUCACAAGGAACUGGUGGCCGGUCUGCAUGAAGCCUACGCUGGACGCAGACAUCUUGGGGACAGGUCUGUCAAAUGUUCGAACUUCGACCAUAAUCCCGCCCGCCAUGUCUUGUUGCCCGCCGCAUCAACUGCAGCCUACUUACGGUUGGAUAUCCCGGAUUGACAUGUGACAG